CGUGAGUCAAUAAUUGGUUGACGCUCGUUUCGUUCGUAAUAAAAGCUAGAGAGGUAGGCCGUUGCACAAUUAUCUACAUUUGUUGUCUCAUACGCGGACCUCAGUCUAUCAAACAGCUCAGGACAACAAAGCACAUUUACUGUUUUUCGUCGAGGAGGGUCUUUUCGCGAGUUGGACUUCGUGGUUGCUCACGGCCAAUAGAGUGAAGAGUCUUGCAUAGUUCGACAUCAACAUCUAAGAAGGAACCUUUUUGCGAGAAAUGGAUUUGGUCAACCACCUCUCAGAUAGGCUUCUCUUUGCCGUUCCCAAAAAGGGCCGGCUUCAAGCCGCAACCCUCGAUCUUCUGUCUGGGUCCGACAUUCAAUUCCGCCGGGAGACAAGAUUAGACAUUGCCCUCGUCAAAAAUCUACCAUUGGCUUUGAUAUUCCUGCCGGCGGCGGACAUCCCAACUUUCGUCGGCGAGGGCAAGGUCGACUUGGGUAUCACAGGUCGGGACCAAGUUGCCGAGCACGAUGCCCAUCUCCCACUAGGGGAAGCGUCCGGGGUUGAAGAGGUCAUGGACCUGGGGUUCGGCAAGUGCAAACUGCAAGUACAAGUCCCGAACAAAGGCGUUCUCCAGACGGUGCAGGAUCUGGUCGGCAAGAACAUCGUUACAAGUUUUACCGGCCUGGCCGAGGACUACUUCGCUCGGUUAGAGGGCAUGGGCAGUCGAAAAGAAAGCAUCAACGGAACGGCAAGCCCUGUGCCAAAGUUGAAGACGAAGAUAAAGUUUGUUGGUGGAAGUGUGGAAGCGGCGUGCGCAUUGGGCGUUGCCGACGGGAUCAUCGAUCUCGUAGAGUCCGGAGAAACGAUGCGCGCCGCAGGGCUGAAGGCGAUCGAUACGGUUGUCGAGAGCACGGCAGUGCUCAUCAAGAGCAAGUCGGUCUCGAACGAGAAAUUGGUCAACUUGAUCGCCGCCCGGAUACGCGGCGUCAUUACGGCACAGAGAUAUGUGCUUUGCACGUACAACGUUCCCAGGUCGAAACUGGCCGAAGCUACGAAAAUCACGCCAGGCAAGAGGGCGCCGACAAUCACUGCUUUGGAGGAGUCGGAUUGGGUCGCAGUCCAGUCGAUGGUUGAGAAGAAGGAUAUUGCGACCGUCAUGGAUGAUUUGACGGCGGCAGAAGCCACGGAUAUUCUCGUGUUGGAUAUAGCCAAUUCACGGACGGGCUGAGAUUGAGAUGCUCAGUUUUGAACGAGUACUACGAGGGCGGCGUGGGAAUGUAAUGAUGAUCGUUUGGUAUAGAGAAAUCCAAAAUGGAAUGGGACUAUUCAAAUUG